AUACCCCUUGACUUCAACCAAUCAGAAAUCUUCCCUGUCUAACGGCCAACACGUACGACCAAUACAGUGUAUAGAAGGGCUAUGCUUUCUCCAUUUUUAUCAAAAUUUUACAACUUCAGAUCUGAAAAAGAGAGAAGAUAUGGAUUCCUUGGACUCAGUUUUCGAUCCACUCAGAGAUUUCGCCAAGGACAGUUUUCGCCUCGUCAAGCGAUGCCACAAGCCUGAUCGUAAAGAAUUCACGAAGGUGGCGACUCGGACUGCGAUUGGGUUCGUGGUUAUGGGGUUUGUCGGAUUCUUCGUCAAGUUGAUUUUCAUUCCCAUCAACAACAUUAUUGUUGGUGCUUCUUAAUCCUUUAGGCUUUUGCUUGUGGUGAGAAGCUUGGUAAGAAACUCAACAUCGGGAAAGGGUGUCCAUCUCACAUGAUUAUUUAGCCGCUCUUUUAAAUUUUGCAGAACUUCUUAAUGUAAUAGGAUUACAUUCUUCUGUAGACUAUGACUUCACUUUGUAAUUUCGGAGUUAGCUGCCUCAUCUACUUUGUCUUGGCAUAUCGGAUAUUAUUAUUUUAAUUUUUUUAAAAUUGAAACUCAACUCCAUUAAAGGGUA